CCUGUUUCAGCUGCGUGCAGAUUAAAUUGCAUGAAGCGAUACGAUUUCAUCCCCAAAUGCCCUUGGUCCAGCUUUCUCGGCCUUCUUAGCUCUUUCUCCAUCAAGGGGUACUAAGCGCGCCUGCCCGGGGAGUAAUAGGGUGAGCAGACCUCAAUAACUUCAAGAUCCGCUACCACCAGGACAACCAGGUGUGUCAUAAAUACCACCGACGACCCAAAGGACGGUAUCGAUCGACCACCAAACGCCCGCCAUCGUCAUACUAUGCGAGGAAUAUGUUUCGCGAGUUUUCCCACCUUUCUUAUCCAGAUAUCGUCUGAGCACCAUGGUUCCGAUGGAAUAAAUUGCAAGGAAUGUCAUGAAAGAUGCCAGCACCCAGUGAUGGGCAUACCACUGAUCCACACGUCAAAAACCCAAGCAAAUCGACAACAGUAUCGCCGUGCGUUCUUGAAGAUAACACUUAUUGUCCAUCGGCCGUCUGUCAAAGCCGCCCCAGCGCCGCUGAAGAUGAGGCAGCUUCUGAUGCUGUGCAGGUUUACACACGCACAUUAUGAUCAUCAUGGCAAAGCCGAUCAAUAUAGAGCCAAGACCGAUCGCAACGACUAUGGUGUAGGUAUCCCAGGGAAUAUAUGCCCGAAUAUGCCUCAGCCCGGGAAUGGAGCCACGCGACGGAGCCAGAGCCGGAGCCGGAGCCGGAGCCUCGCCACGAUCGCGCUCUUGUUCGACCUUAGAAUCCAUUGUAGAUGAAUAAACUGCUGGGUCAAAUCACGUGCUGUUGGUGAAUCUAAAGGCGUUCGUCUCGUCG